AUACGCGGAUUAAAUUGAAAAGAAGAAGAUAAAGCAUCGAUGAACGAACGCGCGGCAUUGCAUAGAAUUUACGUUGCAUCGUGUGGUGCUGCAUCGUGUGGUGCAUCGCGGAUGCAUCCUGGGCUUACAAGCGAGCAAGCAAGCAAGAAGCGCACGAGGGGGAGUAGGAUGAUCAAAUGAAUUUCAAAGACUAUCCGAUGAGUGGGGGGAUGCAUCUAUUGGGAUUUUCCGACUAUAUAAAGGCAGAUGUACUGCACAUCCCUGGUAUAUCACGUAUCGGUUCACCGUUAAAGGACGAAAGGGUGCAAGGAAAAGACAUUCGCUUACGAACACGUACUUUUAAAACAAAUCUAUCAUCAUGAAGACGGUAUUUGUUUUGGCGGCUCUCUUAGUCGUAACUUUCGGCAAACCGCAAGGUAAUCCCAAUGACAUCACUAUCGUGAAACAGGAGGAAGUUAACAAUAUCGGGGUAGGUGGAUACCACUUCAGUUACGAACAAAGCGACGGACAGAAAAGAGACGAAACUGCCGAACUCAAAAACGAGGGUACUGACGAUGAAGAAUUAGCCGUCACGGGUAGCUUUUCAUUCAUCUCUCCGGAUGGUCAUACGUACAGGGUUGAUUACACUGCCGACAAGGACGGUUUCCAUCCUAACAUUCAGCUCGUAUCGAAAUAAAUUCAAGAGGACGACUACUACUCGGGAAGCCGAAGGAAUCUUACGCUAACAACAACAACACGUCACUUAGGAUUUUUCGAUAAACUUCGCAUACAUAAAAGCGCAUCAUAAAAACAAUAAUUCCGUCCUUACAUGUACGUCCCAUUUACAUGUACCCGCUGCGGAUGAGACGCUUCUAAACUCGAAGCGUGUUAAGUUUAUCUUCUUACGAAGGUUUCGGUCGCUGUUAUUUUUCGAUCAUACAAAUUUUCACUCUUCCUUUUUCUCUCUUCUCAUUACUCUUCUUCUUCUUUUUCUUCUUCUUCUUCUAACUUCUUUUUAAGAAUUAAAUUUUCACUCGCAGAAGAUUAUUACUAUCAACGAUCGAGACCUCGAUGAUUUCUAUUUUUUCUUUUUUUUUUUUUUUCACCUUCUAUAACGUAGAAAAUUGUACGAACGACAAAAAAGAAAAAAAAAAAAAAAGAAAGAAUAAUGAAUGAUAGAAAAAUUCUGAUAAUUUCUCGAUGGGAUUUUAAAUUUAAGAAGAUAACUUUUCUCGAGUAACAUUCGAGUUAUUUCGUGUGAAGCAUGGUAGAUACAUGCAAAUGUCUUCUCUUAUGAGAUCUUACACGUUCACGUGCUUCCCGCGAAAAACGUGUCCGUUCCGCAGAUAUGAUACAUGAUGUAAUACUUAUAAACUGCCAGCAAAACAUACAUGCACACAUACAGCGCAGCAGAGAAACAGACACACAUUUUGAACGAGAGAGACAUCAUCACCAAUGAAGAGUUCGUUCUAAGCAACAAAAUCCAGCGCGAGACGACGACGGCGUAGUGUUCAUUUCAACGUCGCAGAUUAAAUUACGUUAACUAGACACAUCUUUCUUCUUUUUUCUUUUUUUUUUUAUACACACCUACAACCCCUACUUGUUGUAUCUAUAAUAAAACCAUGCAGUAAAUGCAUAUAAACUCGUA